AUGGCUUUAUCCAAAUCUCCCUUAACCUCCCCCACCACGGCCGAGGAGCUCUCCGCGGCCACGUCCUACACCGAAGAUGAUUUCCACUGCCCUGUCUGUCAGGAGGUGCUCAAAACGCCCGUGAGGACCGCGGCCUGUCAGCACGUUUUCUGGAACAGUAAUAGGAGUGAAACAUCUACAUCUGAUACCACAGAAACUUAUCAGGAGAAUACAAGUUCUUCUGGGCAUCCUACCUUUAAGUGUCCCUUGUGUCAAGAAUCAAAUUUUACCAGACAGCGUUUACUGGAUCACUGUAACAGUAAUCACCUGUUUCAGAUAGUUCCUGUGAAUCUUCAGCUAGAUGAGGAAACCCAGUAUCAAACUGCUGUUGAAGAAUCUUUUCAAGUAAACAUCUGAAGGCUAUAGAAAUCUCUGCAUCUUUGUACCUGCAAGUGCCAUCUUUAAGGGGAAAACUACAUGAAGUCACCGUUUCAGUAACUUGAUGUGUAUAUUAAUAAAAGUAAUU